GCAAAAUCGUUGGGUGGUUUCCCUCAGUCCAAUUUAUUUUUGGUUGAAUACAACUCCGUCUUCUUCUUCUUCUCCUUCUUCUUCUUCCGUUUCUUUAUCAAUAACAACACCGACUCCGGUUUAUAUGUCUUUAUUUUUAAUAUAUAACUAGUCAUUCAUCAUGUAAACGAGCUCUCACAAGCCCAAUUUACACCCCAAAAGAAGAAAAAAAAAGACGAAUGGAUUCGUCUAAAAAUCAAAUUUCUUUCAUCAAUCAACACCAAUUUUUUCAUGAUCCUCAACAACAACAACAACAACAAAUGGAAAAUCAUAAGAAUCAUCAGAUUUCUUUUGGAUUAUCAUCUACUAAUCCUGAGAACUUCAUAAGCAAAGAGAAUAAUGGUGGAGCUUAUGAUUUAGGUGAACUAGAUCAAGCACUUUUUCUAUAUCUAGAUGGACAAGAUCCUUCUUCUUCAUCAAUUCAAGAUCAAAGACAGAAUAAUUAUGGAAUGAGGCCACCAACUCUCAACAUUUUUCCAUCACAACCAAUGCAUAUUGAGCCAUCUUCAACAAAGGCAAAUAAUAAUGCACUAGUUUCUCAAGCUACAAAUGGUUCCAAAAAAUCAUCUCAACCAUCAAUCGACAAAAGUGAACCACCCAAAGUUACUAAGGGAGAGGGAAGUCGUAAGGUUCCAACUUCAAGUCCUGAGCAAGACACACCCAAAACAUCAGAUCCCAAGACAUUAAGGAGACUUGCUCAGAAUAGAGAGGCAGCAAGGAAAAGCAGAAUUAGGAAAAAGGCUUAUGUUCAACAGCUAGAGACAAGUAGAGUAAGGCUCUCUCAAUUGGAGCAUGAAAUACAAAGAGCCAGAUCUCAAGGAUUUCAUGUUGGAGGAAAUGUUCUUCUAGGAGGAGACCAAGGCUUUCAGCUUAUUAAUAGGACCAAUAUCAGCUCAGAUGCUGCAGUUUUCGAUUUGGAGUAUGCAAGGUGGCUGGAAGAACAUCAUCGACUCAUAUGUGAACUUAGAAAUGCAGUACAUGAAGAACAAUUGCAGGAGGAUGAACUUCGUAUUUACGUCGAAAAUUGUGUGGUACAUUAUGACAAUAUAAUGAACUUGAAGGGCAUGCUUGCAAAAUCUGAUGUUUUUCAUUUGGUUUCUGGCUUGUGGAAGUCUCCGGCUGAACGUUGCUUCUUGUGGAUCGGCGAUUUUCGUCCAUCCGAACUUCUCAAAAUUAUAAUGUGUCAGAUAGAGGCAUUAACAGAAAACCAAUUGUUGGGAAUGUGUGGAUUACAAAAAUCAACACAAGAAGCUGAGGAUGCUUUGUCACAAGGAUUAGAAGCUUUGAAUCAGUCAUUAUCAGAUACAAUAAUUGCCUCAGAUGCAUUAAUAUUGGGUAAUAAUAAUGAAAAUAUGGGAAACUACAUGGCUCUUGCUAUUAACCAACUCUCCACUGUUGAAGCCUUCCUUAGACAGGCCGAUAAUUUGAGGCACCAAACAAUUCAUCGGCUGCUUCAAAUCUUAACAACUCGUCAAGCCGCGAGGUGUUUUAUAGCAAUCGGCGAUUAUUUCCAUCGGCUUCGAGCCCUCAGCUCGCUUUGGCUGGCGCGUCCUCGUCACGAAUAAUUAAUUAGCUAGUUAAUAAUUAGCCUUUUGUAAUCUUAAUUUCUUCACCUAUAUUUUCCCCCUAAAUGUUUCUAUUACUUUUGUUUGUGUUGA